AUGUACGUACAGAAGCAUUACAUCCCUAGCAGAAAAGACAAGGACAGGCUGUACCUUUUUAAUAAGGUUACUAUUUAUAAAAAUCAUUUUGACAAAUAUGAAGAAAAAAAUGAUGAGAAAUUGUCCAAUUUGAAGAAAAUCCUGAAGAUAUAUGAAAACGUAACGACGGACGAAAAGAAGAAGCUGUACGAAUUGAUAAAGUUCUUUUCCUUCACCCAAGGAGGAUUUCAAAAUGACAAACUGAGACAAAAGUUGUGGCUACUCCUACUCGGAUUUAACAUCAAUUUGUCGAAAGAAAAAAACUAUAAUGAUCACCCCAUAUCUAUCCUUUGUAUGAAACAUAAAAACAAAUUUAAAUUUGUGAAUUCGGCUAAACACUUUAAAUUAAAAUGGAUCAAAGAGGAGGACAGGGCGGGUGAUUGGCACCCGCGUCAAUGUGCCAAUGAUGAUUUGCGCCACAAAGGAAAGCUUACGCCAAGCGCGCAUAGUCAAAAUAAUAUUUACUAUUAUGAUAAUUUUUCGUGCCCCCGGAAGAAGGAAUUUGUUUUCAGCUGCCGGGUAAGUGAUGAAGGAGGUGUACAUACCCCUUCGGUUGACCAGGGGGGACGAUCACCCUCUGACACAGGUGCCUCCAUGGAGGGGUGCCUAUCAAUGGGAAGAAUCAAAUCAGGCCAUACAGACAAAGUCCAAUGCGGAAACAAAGCAGCUGCACAUGAUGGCCACUUGCGUAACCGCAAAAGCACGCGCGCGAAGAAGACAUUGUACCUGAAGGAAAAGGACGAGAAGCGUCAUAACGCAUGUCCGUCGGCACCCCCAAGCUGCUCCUCAAGGACAUCCUCAACACCAUCCAGCAGGACGGGACUGUUAUGUAUCCCUGCCAUGGAAGAAGUAGACCACUGCGCGUCCGAUAAUUUGCUCUACCCAUUGGACGGUUUUAUUUCCUCGACCAGGUCCUUCACAACUUCGUCCGUGUUAUCAUUCACCUCGAACUGCUCAGACGACAUGGGCAUGGUGGGCAGUAAGUCGAGAAGCAGGCACAAGAUGCGGCACCCCCCUCUGCAUUUUUUCAGUAGCUCCCACUCGAUCGACGGCACACGGCAGGGGUACAACAAGGGGAAUAAAGCGCUUAGAAGGAAAUCAGCAAGUAAGAGGGCAAAUGUCCCUCAAAACAAAAAUAAUUAUGAUAAAACAAAAAAUGUAAAAUUUAUUAUAAAAUUGUUAAAGGUCAUUUAUAAAAAUAUGUUGGAGGUGGAUUUGUACAUAGUGGAUUACAUUCUUCGAAAAAAUCAGACAAGUGAGGACAGCAAUAUUUUGUCCUACUUAAAAUAUAACAUUGAACAUAAUUACAAUUUUAAUUCAAACCUUAAUAAGUGGAUAAUUGACAGCGUGCUACUGGACGAAAAUGAAAGAGUGCAGGUGAAGAAGGAUGUUAAAAGAAGUGUAAACACGUGGAACAUACACAAGUACAACAUAUACGAAAUAAAAAAAAAGUAUCAAUAUAUUUUGAAAAAUGUUAUUUGUAGUAUCCUGUAUAAACACUCAAAUAAAAUUUAUUACGCCCAGGGCGUACACGACGUUUGUCUCGUUUUCAUCACUUUAUACUUUCAUAACUUUUUGAGGAGGUACAAAAAGUACGUCUUCUUGGAGCACUUCAUAUCCAAGUUUGUUGUAAACAAAAUUUGUGAUUUGAUUUUUUCAAAGUUAACAAAUGAGUGUAAUGAGCACCAUCCCCCGGAUGGGUAUAACACUCAGGUUUUUUUUCCACAGGAAGGAUGUGUAAGGGAACAGGAAGCGAACAUCUCCUUCCCCCUUGGACAUAAUAAUGAACAUAGGGAGGCGAAUGGAAAGUCCACACCCCGGAAGCGGAAGGGAAGAAAUAUUGAAGCAAACAUUUUCCAAAACAACAUUAUCGAUAUGUUUCUCAUGGAGGAAAAGUACAUUGAAAAAAUAUGCCUGUUGAAUAAUAUUAACCUGGAAAGGUAUAUAAAGUAUAAAAAAAAAAAAAAAAAAAAAGAGUACAUGGUGUACCUCCUAUGCGAGCGCUUUCUCCUUUUUUAUAUGAUUGAUUAUUUGACCUUGUCCCUGGACGUGUCGAUUAACAACACCUUCAAGAGUAUUGGCUUGCUGCUCAAGUAUAUGGACAACGAGGUGUACGAUGUGUUCUGCCUUGUCCAAAAGGAACAACAGUAUGAAAACAUGAAAUAUGCUAAUCGAAGUGAGAGGGCCAGUGUUGUAGGUCGAGGUUACAGCAAUGAGGAAAGAGGCAUCAAUAGAGGGAAAAAGACACAGAGUGACUCCAAAAGUGAUACUAACCAAAUGGACACUAAGAGGAACUCCCUCAAGCUAAGUGGCACCGAGUUCUUCUUCUGCCUAAGUUGGGUUGUAACAUACUACUCUCACGUGUUCACGGAAUUUGAGAAGCUCGCCAGGAUUUUCGACACACUGCUCUCCAACGAUGGCAUUUUUAUAAUCUACUUCACCAGCUCAAUCAUUUUGCACAAAAAGGAGCAACUCAUACAAAUAGCUAACAAAAAGAAGAAGGACAUGCUCUACAAUAAUAUGUACACAGAAACGCAUUACAUUUUUCAAAACCUCAAAUGGCAGGAUAUGAAUGUGGACAACAUAAUUAAAAAAACCUACUACUAUAUGAAUUAUAAAAUUCCACAGGACAUUUUUUUGGAGAAGAUAAAACAGAAAAUAUCCUUCCCUCCAUUUUCCCCCAUAUAUAGCCACCCUUUCAUUUUGCACUACUUCCAUUAUCAGAAGGAGAGGGAAGAGUUGCGCAACAGGUCGGUGGACAAGACUAUUCGCAGCUUCUACACGUACAGCAGGGGGAGGGGCGGGGGUGACAAUCCUGAUGAGGGGGAGCAACAUGUACAGACAGAACAACCGCAGGACGAGAACGCGUGCAGCCUGCACGUCCCACCCAGCAAAAUGAAAACGUACGACGAGUACAUCCACCAUCUGCUGGACAAGCAGAGCGGGGGGGAGUCCAAGGAAAAAAGGACGAACCCAUUAUUGAGGGGAAAAAAGUACAGCACAGACGACAACAACAUCUACCUCCACUACCCGUACUCAAUUCUCUGCAACCACUUGGAAAUGAAUAAAGAAAUUAUAAAAAAGCACCUGAUCGUCGAGGACUUUUUCCAAUAUGUGUUCUACGACUUCAUCGUAAGCUACAAGGACAUCUGCAACAAGCACAAAAUAAAGUCCAAGAAAAAAUGCUACAUCAUUCAAUACAUAAAAGUUAAGGGCAAAAGGGAACACCUAUUGAUGAAGAGAAAAAAAAAAAAAAAAAAAAACAAGUAUGAAAAAAUCCUGCACAGAAUGGCAAAACAUGUUACCUUUUUAUAUCUACACAAAUGUAGAAAGGAAAAAAAACACAAAAAAUAUAUUUACAUGAAUUUUGUCACCAAGGGGAAAAAAAACACAUCAUCCCUCUCCUUUCACAAUUUGGCGCAUCACAAACGUAAUCAAAAAACAAUAGCCAUCAUCCCCCCCAUUUAUAAAUACAUUGUCCAAGAUAGCCUUGUUAUGAAGAAUUUGGGCCUCGCCUCCAAAAAAAACAAGCUCAAUAAAACGGCAGAAAAAGACAACCUCCAGAAGCAGCAGAAGCGCCUGCCCUACAUAUACAACCUACUUAAAACCUCCAUUCAAGACUCCCCCUAUGUGAAUUUCUUUCUGUUUUUUUUUGUGGUGUCCCUGUUCUCCUCUUUGUUGUACUACCACCGCUGA